AUGUCGUCUUUACUUCAGUCAGGCAUAAUUAAAGCAUAUUGGCGUUUAUUACCAAUUCUGUUUCUAUCAUAUAUCAUUGCAUACGUUGAUCGUAAUAAUGUUUCAUUGGCCAAACUUAAAAUGGUCGAUGAUUUACCAUCGUUUCGUUAUCGAACAGAAACUAUAUUUGGUCUUGGUCAGGCAGCCUUUUUUAUUGGCUAUUUACUUCUCGAGAUUCCUGGUACAUUAAUUGUGGAAAAAUGGAGUGCACGUAAAUGGAUUUGUCGUAUCAUGAUUACUUGGGGUAUUGUAGCUUCAUUGACGUCAGUCGUCACAAAGCCAUGGCAUUUUUAUAUAAUUCGUUUUUUACUUGGACUUGCUGAAGCUGGCUUCUUUCCAGGUGUAAUUGUCUAUUUAACACAUUGGUUUCCGUCACAAGCAAGAGCACGGGCAUUAUCUCUAUUUCUCAUUGCUACACCGAUUGCUCAGUUCAUAAGUCCGAAAAUAUCCUACUAUAUUCUUCGAAUGGGUACCAUUGAAAAUGGUAUCUACUACAGAACGUUAUUUAAAUUAAAAGGUUGGCAAUGGAUGUAUAUCGUUUGGGGUGUACCAUCAGUUAUACUUGGUAUUAUUGUUCUGAUUUUUCUAACUGAUCGACCGAAAGAUGCGAAAUGGUUGAGUAGCGAAGAACGUGAAGUACUUGAAACAGAACUUACGCAAGAAUUAUUAGCACGUCGAACAAAUGCUGGUGGACAUCUAACACUAUGUCAAGCACUACGCAAUGUUAAAGUACUUCUUCUUGCUUUAGCAUAUUUUUUUAUUGUAACUGGUAAUUAUGGUGUUGAACUCUUCUUACCAACUAUUCUUCGCGAUUGGUACCAUCCGAGUGAUCGUCUUCUGACAUGGAUUUUAAUGAUCCCACCAUUGGGUGCUCUUUUUGGAAUGUUACUAAUUGGAUACACUUCAGAUCGAACGAAAGAAAGACGUUUUCACGCUGCUAUACCUAUUUUGAUCGGUGCAAUCGGGCUUGGUCUCACAUUAAUUCGUCAUCAACCAUUAACUACAAUGAUUAUUCUUUUUACAGUAACAUCGAUUGGUACGAAAGCUUAUCUACCAGCAUUUUGGUCAUUACCAAGUUUAUUUUUAAGUGAAUCAGCUGCUGCUAGUUCUAUUGGUUUCAUUAAUUCAAUUGGUAAUAUUGGCGUGUGUUUCACAGCUGUGAUUGUUAUGAUUCUUCGUUUCGAUCGACAUUAUCGAGAGGAACCACAUAAAAAUAUACGACAUCCAACUAUCUCAAGCAAUAGCAAUGAGUUAUUUACCAGUGAACAACAACACACAGAGCAAAGAUCACUAUUCAUUUCUGUUUUAUUUAUUAUUAUAACGAGAGAAUUGAAAUAA